GCCGCGCGGCACGGCGACGCGGCGACGCUCAAGGUCCUCGUCGACGCGGGCGCGGACGUUGAGAAAUCGAACAUCUCCGGCUCGUCGCCGCUCUACCUCGCCGCUCAGGAGGGCCACGCCGAGGCCAUCGAGCUCCUCGUCGCCGCCGGCGCCGACGUCGACACGCCGCGGGACUCGGGCGCGACCCCCUGCUUCAUCGCCUGCGUCGACGGCCACGUCGACGCGCUCAACGCGCUCAUCAAGGCCGGCUGCGACGUG